AUGCUCUCCCUGCAGAAGUUGGUGACUUCGCUGCUGCUCGCUGGAAGCACGCUCAGCGCGCAGGUUGCGGCCAAGGAUUCGUCCCACCAUGGCGACAAGAUUGCUCCCAAGGUGUUCAUUGUCUCGAUGUUCGAGCCAGAAGCCCAGGCCUGGUGGAACAUCCCCGAGUUUGUCUUGUUGUCGCACAACAUCACCAUCCCCGGUCUUUCUCCUCUCUACCCGGAUGUCCACUGUACCAAGGACUACGAGGUCUGCCAAAUGAUCACUGGUGAAUCCGAGAUCAAUGCCGCGACUACCGUCACUACCGUUGCAUUCUCCCCCCUCUUCGACCUGACCAAGACCUACUUCUUCGUGGCUGGCAUCGCCGGUAUCAACCCCAAGCGCGCUACCACCGGCUCUGCAACCUUUGCUCGGUACGCAGUCCAGGUAGCUCUGCAGUACGAGAUCGACAUUCGGGAGCUCUCUGCAGCCUACUCGACCAGCUAUAUCCCACUGGGCGCCGACUUCCCCGACCAGUACCCCACCAGCAUCUACGGCACUGAAGUCUUUGAGGUCAACGCUGCUCUCCGCACCAUCGCCGCUGAUUUCGCCCGCAAGGCCAAGCUGUCCGACUCGACCGCUGCCAAAUCCUACCGUGCCCACUACGCCAACGCGAGUGGAGAAUACAAGGCUGCCACCCUAGCUCCCAGCGUUGUCGAGUGUGAUGUCGCUACCUCGGACGUCUACUACAGCGGCAACAUCUUGGGAACUGCCUUUGAGAACACCACCAAGCUUUUCACCAACGGAACCGGUGACUACUGCUCCACCGCACAAGAGGACAACGCUACCCUUGAAGUCCUCCUGCGCGCUUCCGCCCACAAGCUGACCGACUUUGCCCGUAUCAUCGUCAUGCGCACUGCCUCCGACUUUGACCGUCCCUACCCCGGCGUCUCAGCGGCUUAUAACCUGCUCUUUGCUGACCAGGGUGGCUUCGAGCCCGCCCUGGAGAACAUUUACCACGCGGGCAUUGAGGUGGUGCAGGGUAUUCUCAAGGGUUGGGACGAGACUUUCGCCAAGGGCGUGAAGCCCACUAACUACAUUGGUGAUAUCUUUGGCACUUUGGGUGGUCAGCCUGACUUUGGUCCCGGAACUUCCCAGGCUCUGGAAGAGAGCGGUGCGUUUAAGAAGCGGAGCAUGGAGGGUCGUCGCCUCCGACGACGUGGUUAA